UCUCAGCAGUGGUAGCAGGGCCCUCCCCUCUGUCUCUGCAGAUAAAUACUCGCAGCCUGCCUAUUCCAGGCAUGGAUGACGGUUGCACUCAGACAUGGCACUGCGACAUUAUACCCUCGACUUCAGCCUCUCCGCGGCAGCUGACUCUGCUUCGACAGUUUCCGGUCUCCUGUCCAUAUUUCAUGAGCAGGAAAUGACAGAGACUGUCCAUGACACAGAAGGACAUGGAUACCUUGCUACUUUUGUAGGCAAGAAUGGCCGGUUUGUUAUCCUGCGUGUGCACUCCCACGGGUUGAUCACCAUUGAUCUGCAGUGCUAUGAAGAGGAUAACAUUGCACAACUAGACAAUCUUUUAAAUGCACUGGAGAAGAAGCUUACAGCUCUCUUAAAUGGCAAUAUUACAAGGAUCAAAAGACUCCCAGCCCUCAUACGAGGAGCAAAAGUGGACCGAUACUGGCCAACAGCUGACGGCAGACUAAUGGAGUAUGACAUAGACCAGGUGUUGUACGAGGAAGAUUCCGCAUACCAAAACAUAAAAAUAUUGCGCUCACAGCAAUUUGGAAAUAUGCUAGUCCUCAAUGGAGAUGUUAACCUGGCAGAGAGUGAUUUGCCCUACACUGAAGCUAUCAUGGGCAGCGGGAAAGAGGAUUAUGCAGGGAAGGAGGUGCUGAUAUUAGGAGGUGGUGAUGGAGGCAUACUUGCUGAGGCGGUCAAACAAAAGCCAAAGAUGAUCACCAUGGUGGAGAUUGACCAGAAGGUGAUAGACGGGUGCAAAACACACAUGAGAAAGACCUGUGGCAAUGUCCUCGACAACCUGAAGGGAGACUGUUACCAAAUUCUUGUUGAAGACUGCGUCCCCGUGCUGAAGAAGUACGUCCAAGAGGGAAAGACAUUUGAUUACAUAAUUAAUGACCUCACUGCAGUCCCAAUAUCCACAGAACCAGAAGAAGACUCGACAUGGGAGUUCCUGCGUCUCAUCUUAGAUCUGUCAAUAAAAAUCCUGCACCCCUCUGGGAAAUAUUUCACACAGGGUAACAGCGUGAAUCUGACAGAGGCACUGAGUCUGUAUGAGGAACAGCUGGGCAAGCUCUCAUGUCCGGUGGACUUCUCCAAAGAGGUGGUGUGUGUACCCUCCUACAUGGAGCUGUGGGUUUUCUACACCGUGUGGAAGAAGUGAAGACCUCCAGUUUUCUCUGCUUGAAUCCCCAGCUGCUGGAAUGUGAACAGUCCUUCCAUUACUGCUGUAGCCUUAAAGGUGUGUUCAGACUGAGCAUGACAUGAUCAUUAGAGGCAACACAGAGAGCAUUUUUAUGUUGGCCUUAAAAUUGCAUCAGGUUAUUUUUUCGUACAGAAAUGUAAUAAAGAGUGGGUCUGCUGCAAAAAUAACACGUUCCUACAACGUAAAAUCAGCCUGAUUCUAUGCCUGAGUAGUUCAAACAUACACAGGCACACUCCACACACACAUACACACGCACACGGCAGUCGAUGUCUAUUAUAAGUGAGCUGGCUAGCUACAGCUAACAUCUGUACUGUAAUUAGGUGUUUGUGAAUAAUUAGCAUAUGGUGCAAAAACACUCCAGUUAAUGUGAAUAAUUCAAGACAAGAAAUAUCUCUUAAGUUCAGUCUGAACACACCUAAAGGGGCAUAAUGAUAGUUUAUUAUCCCUUCUGUCAACCCCAUUCUACCCAAAUCUUUCGUUCUCCCUGUUGUGUUUUAUUAUUAUUUGCUGCAACUUAUCGGGUUGUAUUUUGUUUGUGUUACUUUGGAAUGUCCAUUUGCAUGCACUCUGAAGAAACUGUUAGAUGUUAAAACACUGAUUUGAUACACUGAUAAUGUGGUGUAACUCAUCUUCCAACAGGCGACAGGCGUUUGUUCUCUUUUUCUUUCAGUUGUUUUUUUUUCUUUGCUCUUAAAAUGCUGAGUUAGAACUCACAUUGUGUGAUACACCAAUUUCUAUGCUCUGCAUUGAGUUGUUUUUAAGCUCUAUUUUUGUUACUACCAUGCACAUGUGACCAUGCCCAGUGAGACUGAUAUGUCCAAAUGUCCAAAUGUGUUUUAAAAGGGAAACAAUUCCACCACUUUAAUGCCACCUCUGUGCUUGUGCUGUUCUUAUGUUUUAUUAGCAACUUUGGUUUCUCCUGAUAUAUUUUAAGUUUUUUAAGACUAUAUUAGGUGCAUGUAAAGGACGGUGAAUGUAGCUUGCUUGCAUAUACAGUACACAGCACGUUUACACGUGAGCAACCCUGUGGGACUCAGUUACAUUUAUUUAUUCAAUAUAAUUUCACCAAAUGCUGUUGUGUCCCACUAGAGAUCAUUUUGUGACCAUCUACAAUUAAAGUGUUCUUGGGGGGAAAUG